AUGGCUGAGGAACUUAGCAAGAACUUUGAGACACUGCAGCUUCACGCGGGAGCUGAGGUUGAUCCUACCACCAAAUCGCGAGCUGUUCCCAUCUACGCUACCACCAGCUAUGUCUUCGAUGACUCUGCUCACGGAGCUAGGCUCUUUGGUCUCAAGGAGUUUGGCAACAUCUACAGCCGUAUCAUGAACCCAACUGUCGAUGUCUUCGAGAAGAGAAUAGCAGCUCUCGAAGGCGGUGUCGCAGCCCUCGCUGCCUCAUCGGGCCAGGCUGCCCAGUUCCUCGCCAUCAGCACCCUCGCUCAAGCUGGCGACAACAUCGUCUCUACUUCUAACCUCUACGGCGGCACUUAUAACCAAUUCAAGGUCUUCUUCCCUCGUCUGGGCAUCAAGACCAAGUUCGUCGACGGUGACAAGCCUGAGGACAUUGCGGCUGCUAUUGAUGAUAAGACAAAGGCUGUCUAUGUUGAGAGCAUUGGAAACCCCAAGUAUAACAUUCCUGACCUGGAGGCUAUUUCCAAGGCUGCCCAUGAAAAGGGUGUUCCUGUCGACAACACCUUUGGUGCUGGUGGUUACUUCAUCCGCCCUAUCGAUCACGGUGCUGAUAUCGUCGUUCACUCUGCCACAAAGUGGAUUGGAGGACAUGGAACCACAAUCGGCGGGGUAGUAGUUGAUUCUGGAAAGUUCGAUUGGGGCAAAAACGCAGCUCGAUUCCCUCAAUUCCACGAGCCUUCUGAGGGAUACCACGGUCUCAAGUUCUACGAGACCUUCGGCAACAUCACCUUCAUCAUCCGCGCCCGAGUCGAAAUCCUCCGUGAUCUCGGUUCAACUCUCAACCCCUUUGCUGCUCAACAGCUACUCCUCGGCCUCGAGACUCUCAGUCUCCGUGCUGAACGUCAUGCCCAAAACGCUCUCGCCCUUGCUCAAUAUCUUGAGAAGAGCCCCUAUGUCAGCUGGGUUUCAUACCCUGGUCUCGAGAACCACCCGUACCACGAGACGGCUAAGAAGUACCUCAAGAGAGGCUUCGGUGGUGUUCUGAGCUUCGGUGUCAAAGGCGGUGGUGCUGGAAGUGAGGUUGUUGAUGGUUUCAAGCUUAUUUCUAACUUGGCCAAUGUCGGUGACGCCAAGACACUUGCUAUUCACCCCUGGAGCACCACCCAUGAGCAGCUCUCUGAUGAUGAGAAGCGCAGCUCCGGUGUCACUGAGGAUUUGAUCCGAAUUUCGGUUGGCAUCGAGCACAUUGACGAUAUCAUCGCCGACUUUGAACAAUCUUUCAAGGCUGCUGCUGAUGCCACUACCAAGGGCGAAAAGAAGGAUGUCCCUGUAGGUGACAAGGAGGCUGAAGCUCCUCUUGCUCCUUAG